AACGACCAUGGUUUUGCCUCUGUUCGAUGGAAAAAAACAAACAAAAUCUCACCAGAAGGCUUGCGUCAGAUCUAAGAGAGGAAGAGAGCUUUCACAGAGUAUAAUCAACCGACACAGCGAAGGCAAGAACAAAAGAAUAACGACGACGACGACGACGAGGAAGAAGAAGAAAAAGAAGGAAAAUUAGGGUUUCUUCCCUCGUUCUACUCUGUAUUGGAUCGAGAGUGGAGAUUUGAUGGGGAGGAUGAGUUGUUAUUGAUACGUGGUGUGGACGAGGGAUUGAUUACGGAGUAGAUCAGAUGGAGAAGAAUAAAAAGAAGAACGAUAUGCUCGCCGCGGGGAUGAAAAAGUUCCAACAAUAUAGGCAGACGAAGGGGACUAAAGGGAGUGGCCAAGGAAAAUCUACUCGUAAGAGUAGUAAGUCCGAACGUGAGGUGCAUGCUGAACUCGCAUCAGCUGCUGAUAAACCGUCAGCCUCGGCCUUGGCUGAUGGGGAUCCGUUGUCACCUCAAGAUGCUGAUGUGGACUCUGUUGAUUCGUCGUUGUCACUUUCUGUGGGGAGUUCAGUUGUUCUUGAUACUGAUAUGUCAACACUUGAGUCAUCGGGUUCAUCUGUUGGAGCAGAGUUGAACAGAGGGGAAAGUUUAUCAGCUAGUGGUUCUGUAUUGGCAUCUGUUGAUUUGCGAAAGGAAGAAACUUUGCCAACCCUUGAUGCUAAAAUACAACCUGGAGUUGAUCCAUCAUCUGCACUUGUUACGGGUAAACUUAAUUCUUUUGAGGCUGAUGCAUCAUGGGUUAAUUCACCAGGGACUCCACCCGUGGAAAUGGUGGUGGGAGGGGAGUCUGUCAAUGAUGCAAAGCUGGUGUCUGUUGAGUUGCUGACUUCACCUGCUACAGUGGAAACUACUGAGGGUGUUGCUGUUGCAGUCAAAAUGGCAGAAACCUAUUCGUCGAUGAUUAAUUCAAGGGAAGAUCAGGAAGCUGCUGGUUCGGGUUCAAAUCAAUAUGAUGGGAAUGAUGAAAAAUAUUUACAUGAUGAUGAGAGUUCAGAAGUUGGAUACGUGAAGGUAGAGCAUGAAAUAGAUGGGGGAGUUCUUGAAACCAAGUAUGAGGGAAGUGGUGAAAAUCUUGCAAUGGCAGUUCCAGAUGGGGAAGACACGAGAAAGCCAAUCCAUGGGAUGGGUGGUAUUUCUAUUUCCACUGAGACAACUCACAAGCAAGAAGGUACCCGAGCUUCUGAUCUUCUAUUGAUAUCAGAAGUGCAGAAGGAAGAUCUAGUUGCAGCUUCUUCUCACAAAAAUAAUUUGGGAAGUUUAUCAGCAUCAUGUGAUCUAGUGUGUGAAUGGAAAGAAGGGGUUCAACCUGAUAUGGAACGAGGAAUGAAAAUGCAUGAAGUAAAUGAACAACUGGCUUUUCCUGGUGGAGCUGGUUUACAUGCUACUAAAAUUCAUCAAAAGCCCUUGGAAGUAAUAGGGAGGGAUUCAGAUCAAGGGGAUGUGAGUAAUUUCAUUGUGCUGAGAGGUGGCUCUGCUGAUGUUUUAGAGAGUUUUAAGGAGGAAUUUUACUUCACAUAUGUUGCAAAAGAACUCCUCCAAUUGCAACUGGCAGAACAGAUCGAGCUACAACUUGAAUUUGAUCAGCAUAAUUGUCAGUUGGUUGACGAAGUUUGCAGGCUCAAUGCUCUACUCAAAGAAACUCAGAAAGCCAACCUAAGUCUCAAUAACGAACUUGUAGAGUAUAAAUCUGAUAUUCAGGCUGUGAGAGUAGAGGAGAAGGAGCAGUUUGAAACACAACUUUUCACUGCAAGAGGAGGGAUUGAGGAAACUGCUUCCAGGGCUCAUGAUUUGCAGGCUAAACUGGAAAGAUCACAGGAGGAUUAUGGGGUUCUAUUGGCAGAGUUGGAUGAACUCAAAAGCUUAGUGGCAUCUUUACAAAAGGAAAAUACCAACUUAAAUGGGAGUGUCACAUCGCUGAAAGAGGAGAACGAGAAGCUUCAGGAGGGUAAAAUGCAUGUUGUCCAUGAGAAUGAGAAACUUUCAGCCGAUCUUGUUGAUCAUCAGGAACAGUUGGUGAAGGAACGUGGUAAAUAUAUGCAACUUGAGGUUGACCUUAAAGAAGCAAUUGCACGUCUUGAACAAGUUACUGUGGAAAAUACCAACUUAAAUGGGAGCCUUAUGUCACUUAUGGAGGAGAAAAAUAAGUAUGAAGAGGAGAAAGGGUAUUUUUCACAUGAUAAUGAGAAACUCCUAGCCAUGCUUGCUGAUCAUCGGGAACAGUUAGAUAAGGAAUCUGGUAAAUAUUUGCAACUUGAGGUUGACCAUGAAGAGGCAAUAGUGCACCUUGAACAACUCACUGUUGAAAAUGCCAACUUAAAUGGGAGUCUCACAUCACUGACAGAGAAGAACAAGAAGCUUGAGCAGGAGAAAGGGUAUUUUGCACAUGAACAUGAGAAAUUUUUAGCUGAGCUUGCUCUUUAUCAAGAUCAGCUAGCUAAGGAAUGUGGUAAAUACAAGCAGCUUGAGGUUGAUCAUAAAGAAGCAAUUGGACGUCUUGAACAACUCACUGAAGAAAAUGUGUUUCUUUCAAGCAGCCUAGAGAUGCAUAAAGCUAAGACGAAAGAAAUUAAUGCUAUGCAACCAAUCAGUCAGGCUGGAGAACGUAGAAAUCGGCUAGACAGUUCUGAUAUGCUAAGCAUGGGUCAUUAUAAUUCAACUUUAGAUGAAACUUCUCAGCAAAUUCAGGAAAAAUGUGAUGGAGAGAUUGCUUCUGGUGUCAUGGGGAAAUCUGCAGACUUGAGCAUUAUGGAAAAGGAAGUGGUUGAUGUUUCUGUUGGAACUAUAGAAUUGAUGGAUCACUUGAAGCUGGUGGAGGAGGCUGAGGGAAUAAUUAUGCAACUUGAAAAGGCGAUUGAAGGGUUGCACUCUCAGUCAACAUCCUUAAGUAGAUCAGGUGGUAUAGCGUCGUCCGCUGGAGUAUCAAAAUUGAUUCAAGCAUUUGAGUUGAAAGUUCACCAAGAUGACAGUGAACCAGAAGAGGUACCUCUGCUUGAAGGAGAACGAUCAGCACCAGAUCCAUUUCAAUUGGCAAAGGUGCAAAUUGGCCACAUGAGAGAUGUGCUCAAGGAGUUGAAUCUUAAUUUUAUCAAGGUUGAUGAACUAUUCAAGGAAGAGCAAAACAAUAAGAAACUAUCUGCUGUUGCUUACAAGGAGCUGAAGGCACUAUAUGAAGCUUCAACGCAACAAAGCAAUAAUCUUGGAACAAAGAACAGUGAACUUAAGGUUCUCUGCAAUGCUUUAAAGCAACAAGUCGGGGAUCUUGAAGCAAAAAACAGUGAGCUUGUUGAUAAGCUGACUGUGUAUCAAUCAAGAAUUUGUCAUUUACAGAACCAGUUGCAUGAAAUACAGCGAAGUUCAGAUGAGACAGCAGCCACAAUGUUCAGUCAAGUAGUAAACCUGGAAAAUGUGGUGGAUGAAAAGUUAGCUGUAUAUCAAUCAAGAAUUGGUGAUUUGCAGAGCCAGUUGCAUGAAGUAAAGCAAAGUUUAGAUGAGAUGGCAGCCAUGAUGUUCAGUCAAGUAGAAAAUCUGCAGAAGGAGGUGGAUGAGAAAGCAUCCAUUGUUGAUCAAGAAUGGAACUCUAUUGUUGCUGUAAUUUACAAGACAGUUGAGGAGCUUGAUGCAUCUAUUGGAAGAUUCUGUCCUCCCCAUGGUUCGAUGUUCCUUUCUGAUGGUUUUGAUGUAGAUUCCCGUAUUUCUGCUUCUGUAAAUGCUGCGAUCAAAGUUAUUGAGGAUCUGCAUAUGAAACUUCAAUCAGCUUGCACAGAUCAUGAAGUGACACGUUGCUUACAUGAAGAAUUAAGUGAAAAGUUUUCUGAUUUGCAUAGAAGAAACGAAUUGGCUGUAGUGCUAUUAAAUAGAAUUUAUGGAGAUCUAAGAGAACUUAUUAAUGCCUCACAUGGAGAUGUAGAAGAAAAUGAUAUGGAUAUGAAUGAUGUAAUAUUGCUUGAUCCUUUACAACCAAAUCACUAUGAAGCCCUCAUAGAACAGUUGGGCAAGUUGCUAGAUGAGAGGCUACAACUGGAGAAUGCAAAGAGUGAGCUCGAGUUGGAAUUGACAAAGCGAACACAAGAAGUUGAAGAUAUGAAUAAAAGCAACCUCAUAGAACAGUUGGGCAAGUUGCUAGAUGAGAGGCUACAACUGGAGAAUGCAAAGAAUGAGCUCGAGUUGGAAUUGACAAAGCGAACACAAGAACUUGAAGAUAUGAAUAAAAGCAACCUUGACACAAAAGCUGUUCUUGAGUUGGUUGAAGAUGUUGAGGGCAUAAUUAAGGCGGAAGCCAGGGAGAUUGACUCAGAUAAGUCACCGGUUUCACUCCUGGGGUCUUCAAUUGCUGUUCUUAUCCAAAAGUACAGACAAGCUAGUGAGCAGGUCAGCUUGUCAAAGGACAGUUUCGAGUCUAAGGUAACAGAACUGAAUGAACUGAAGGGAAGGAUGCUUGAAAUAAGCUCCUUGAAUCUUCAACAAGAAGAUGAAAUUCACCUUCUAAAGGGAAGUUUAAGCAAGACAGAGGAGGCCCUUCAAGCUGUAUGUACUGAUUUACAAGCAAAAGUAACUGAACUAGAGCAGUCAGAGCAGAGGGUAUCUUCUCUUAGAGAGAAACUUAGUAUAGCUGUUGCAAAAGGCAAAGGCUUGAUCACACAGCGAGACGGUCUAAAACAGUCAUUGGCAGAGACAUCCAGUGAACUUGAGAGGUGCUCACAGGAAUUACAGUUGAAAGACACUCGGCUUCAUGAGGCUGAGAUAAAACUUAAGGCUUAUUCUGAGGCAGGUGAGCGUGUCGAAGCUCUAGAAUCUGAACUCUCGUACAUUCGGAACUCGGCUACUGCAUUAAGAGAAUCUUUUCUCGUUAAAGAUUCCAUUCUUCAGAGGAUAGAAGAGCUAUUGGAAGACCUUGAUCUUCCAGAGCAUUUUCACUCCAGAGAUAUAAUUGAGAAGAUUGAGUGGCUGGUAAGAUCAGUAAUGGGGAACUCAUUGCCUCUGGCUGACUGGGAUCAGAAAAGUUCUGUAGGUGGUGGGUCUUAUUCUGAUGCAGGUUUUGUUGUUAUGGAUGCCUGGAAAGAAGAUGUACAGCAGAGCUCAAAUCCAGCUGAUGAAUUGAGAAUAAAAUAUGAGGAGCUUCAGAAUAAGUUCUAUGGCUUGGCUGAGCAAAAUGAGAUGCUGGAACAGUCAUUAAUGGAAAGGAACAACCUUGUGCAAAGGUGGGAAGAAAUCUUGGACAGGAUAAAUAUGCCCUUGCAGUUGCGGUCGAUGGAGCCAGAAGAUAGGAUUGAGUGGUUAGGAGGUGCACUCUCUGAGGUUUACCAAGAUAAGGAUCUUCUCCAGAGGAAGAUUGGGAACCUUGAAAGUCAUUGUGGGUCAGUCACAGCUGACUUGGAAGAGUUGCAAAGGAAAAUAUCUGAGCUUGAAGUGACACUUCAAGCGGUUACUCAUGAAAAGGGCCUCCUUUCUGAAAAUCUGGAAAUUCUCACUCUUGAACUUGAAAAUGUCUCCAAGAAAGCGACUCAAUAUGAACUUGAGAAAUAUAAUUUGAUGAAUGAACUAACUGGUUUGCAAGAGAAGUUGGUUCAGAAGCUUGAGAUUGAGGAGUAUCAUCGCCAUAUGGAGGAUGAGAUUAGGAGAUUGCAGGUUUUAAUUAGUGAUGUACUGCAGGAUUAUGGUACAGAACACAUGGUGCCUGGCAGUAGUAAUACUGAAUGUCUAGAAGGAUUUCUGAGGAAGCUUAUAGACAACUAUAGAGCCCUCUCCAUGGAUAAAUCAGCACUUGAAGGCACAGUGAAGGAAAUUGUUCCGAAAGAAGUUGAUGCAUCAAACUAUGAAAGGAGAGGUAAAGAUGUAUUAGAUUCCGCAGAGCUGAAUAUGACAGUUUAUAAGAAAGAACUUGAGGAGGCUUUGAGUAAUCUGUCUCAUGUGAAGGAGGAGAGGGACAAAACUAUGGAGAAGCUUCAAUCUUUGAUUUCUGAAGUUGAUGUGCUAAAUGCACAAAGAGAUGACCUGAAAGAGAGACUUAAUCAGGAGGAACAGAAGUUGAUUUCCACAAGAGAGAAGUUAAAUGUUGCAGUUAGGAAAGGGAAGGGGUUGGUGCAACAGAGGGACAGUCUAAAACAAACCAUUGAAGCGAUGAACACUGAGAUGGAACACUUAAAGAGUGAGCUUAACCAUCGGGGAGAUGUUCUUGUGCAUUAUGAACAGAGAAUAAAAGAAUUGUCUGCCUAUGCAGAGAAGGUACAGACUCUAGAAUCUGAGAGUUUGUUCUUAAGGAAUCGUCUGUCAGAGACUGAGCACAAUUUGGAGGAUAGCAAUCGGACCUUGAACAGGUUAUUAAAUACUUUACAUGGAAUUUCUGUUGAGGGUGACUUUAGUGUCAUUGAUCCUGUACAGAAGCUGGAAGGAAUAGGGAAACUGUAUCAUGAUUUGCAUGCAGCUUUAGCAUCAACAGAGCAUGAAGCAAAGAAGUCUAAAAGGGCAACUGAACUGCUUCUAGCAGAGCUGAAUGAGGUCAAUGAAAGGGCUGAUGGCCUACAUGAGGAGUUAGCAAAGGCAGAGGCUUUUCUUGCAGAAGUUUCCAAGGAAAGAGAUGUGAUGGUUUCUCAAAGAGAUGAAGCCCUUUCACAUCUUGAAAAGUUGAUUACUCUUCAUUCAGAAGAAAGAAAGAACCAGUAUUCAGAAGCUAUGGAGUUGAAAGCUGCCAUUGAUCAACUCAGGAAUGGAUGCUUUGGUGUUAAAAAAUUGGUAGAAGAUGUUCUUAUCAAGGAGUUGGGGCUUUUAAAUGAUGUAGAUGCUAGUAUGAGCACAUUGUUGAAACAAAUGAAUAGCAAUAAUGUGCUUUUCUCUCCUCUCAAGUCAUCUCAUGGAUUUCUUUCCAGCAACUCAAUGGAAGAGGGGAAAUUUCCUACUACUGGUACUUUCUCAGAGAUGAAGAUGCAGGAUCAUUUUGAUGAGAGCAUUAUAAAUGAAGUGCUUCAUCAUGUUGGUAACGGAUUGCGUGAAUGCAAUAGAGAAAUUGAUUCUCUGAAAGAAAAAAUUCACAAACACUCCAUCUCUGCUGACCAACAAGCUGUAAGCCUGUCUAAAGUCAUGGAGACUCUUCAUGGGGAAAUAGUUUCUCAGAAAGAAUCCUUGGAACACCUGAAGAAAGACGUCACUUGUUCAGAGUUGAUGAAAAAGGGACAAGAUACUGAAAUUUUUGUGAUGCGUCGAGGUGUUGCCUUGCUUUAUGAAGCAUUCACUACCUCAAUUUUUGAAAUUGAGAAUCAGAAAACCCAAAUGGUUGGAAAUGUUUUGGAAUCUAAAGUAAAUGUGUUAGCAAACAUGGGGAUGGACUUGAAAUUGCCAACAUACAUCAAUGGACGAGACCCUGUUGAUGAACAAGUUCUUGUUACAACAGAAGAAUGCAUUAAGAAAAUAGCAGAAAGCUUAUUAACAGCAGUUAGGGGUUUGACAAGUAUGUUAGAGGACAGACAAAAGGAUCUGAAAUCCACCAUAUUUAAUCUGCAGAAAGAACUUCAGGAGAAGGACAUCCAGAGUAAUAUGGUCUGUGGGGAGCUUGUAAGUCAAAUCAAGGAAGCUGAAGCUGUUGCUAGGAGGUACUCACUAGAUCUUGAAUCUGCUAAAGACCAGGUGCAUAAAUUGGAGAAGCAGUUAGAGAUGCUGGAGGAACAGCGAAACUUAUUAGAGUUGAGGAUAAAAGAGCUACGGCAUGAGGAAGCCUCCUCAAUGGAAUUGCAGGAGAGAAACAAAUUAUUAGCAGAUAAGCUAACUUCCAAAGAACAAGAAAAUGAGGCACUCAUGCAAGCACUUGAUGAAGAGGAAUUACAGAUGGAAGAAUUGACAAAAAGGAUAGAGGAGUUGGAGAAAGUAGUGCAACAAAAGAAUCUAGAUUUGGAGAACCUUGAAGCUUCUCAUGCGAAGGCUAUGGAAAAUCUUUCUAUCACUGUGACCAAGUUUGAUGACCUUCAUCAUCUAUUUAAAAGCCUCCUCUCUGAGGUUGAGAGUCUUCAAUCGCAAUUGCAAGGUCGAGAUGCAGAGAUAUCAUUCCUACGUCAAGAGAAUACAAAGUUGACUGAUAAUCUUCUAGCUUCAUCACAUAACAAGAAAAAUUCGGAUGAGAUCAAUGAGGUGAUGACAUGGUUGGACAUGAUCAUUUCACGUCUUGGGGUGCAUGAUUUACAUCUUGGUGAUAGCGAUUGCAACCGGAUGCAUGCAUACAAAGAUAUUAUUGAUAAGCAGAUCACGUCUAUCAUGUCAGAAUCUGAAAAUCUACGGGUAAUGGCUCAAAGCAAAGAAGCUCUGUUACAAGAAGAAAAGAGUAGGAUAGAAGAACUUUUGCACAAAGAAGAAACUCUUGAGAGGUCUUUACAAGAGAAGGAAACCCAACUGGCUUUGCUUCAAGGUUCAGGAGUUUCUGGCCCAUCAAACAAUAUGACCACCACUGAGAUUUUGGAGGUUGAACCAUUUAUAAACAAAAGGACAGUUACUGGGGCAUCUCAUGUUCGCAGUCUGCGCAAGGUUAAUAAUGAUCAAGUUGCCAUUGGAAUAGACAUGGAUCCUGCUGAUGGUGUUCUAAAUGAUGAAGAUGAUGACAAAGUGCAUGGUUUCAAGUCACUUUCCACAUCAAAGAUUGUCCCAAGGUUUACAAGGCCUGUAACUGAUAUGAUUGAUGGCUUAUGGGUUUCAUGCGACAGAGCAUUAAUGAGGCAACCUGCUCUACGUCUUGGAAUUAUAAUCUAUUGGGCUGUAAUGCAUACACUACUCGCAACAUUCAUAGUUUAAGGGUUUUCAUUGCUACCUAGUUGUUUACAUGAACAAGUGCAGUUUCAAGUCAAAAUUAUGCUUCUAAAGGGAAUUCAUACUAAUCUGUAUAACAUUGAUUCUUUCUAGAUUUAGGAUGGAUCGGGUUGAUUGAUUUAUUUUUGCUAGCUCAACCAUGCAGCUGUGAUUGUCCCUUUUUUUUGUCCAUUACAAAUCUCAGUCUGUUCUGGUUGAAUUCAAUAAAAUCAUAUUACCAUCACAGAUAGAAUGAAAAAUUUAAGCCUUCGUUAGUUCAUCACAAUCAGAAGUUGUAUAUUUACGAUAUAUCUUACAAUGGAUUCUUUUUAUUACAAAGGACUCAAUUUACUUUUGAA